CAAACGUCGGCCAUAUUUUCCCGACGUUCAUUCGUGUUGCAAAUGCAAAGCAAACGUCAACAAUUCAUUCAUUGCAAAUAGGAAUUCAUUUUACAUUUACAAGUGCUGCGUUCUUAAUAAUCUUUAGUGACCCGUUUUUCUUUUAAUGUAAAAUGAAUAGAACUGAAGGUUUGGUACAACGUAAACACGUUGCAAAAGACAAUAAUUCAGAUGGUAAUUUGAAGGAAAACCACGACAUCGAUGAUAAGAAAAAUGAUAAAAGCUAUGAUGACGGAGAUUCAAAAGAAACAAGAUUGACAUUAAUGGAAGAAGUAUUACUUUUAGGAUUAAAGGAUAAAGAGGGUUACACAUCAUUUUGGAAUGACUGCAUAUCGAGCGGCUUGAGAGGAUGUAUUCUUAUCGAACUGGGCUUAAGAGGUCGAGUAGAGCUGGAAAGAGCUGGUAUGAGGAGAAAGGGACUACUGUCUAGAAAAGUCAUCGUAAAAUCAGAUACACCUACAGGGGAUGUCCUGUUGGAUGAAGCUUUGAAACACAUGAAAGAAACUGAUCCACCAGAAUCUGUACAAAGCUGGAUAGAAUAUCUUAGUGGUGAAACAUGGAAUCCCAUGAAACUCAAAUAUCAAUUAAAAAACGUCCGUGAAAGGUUGGCAAAAAAUUUAGUAGAAAAAGGUGUCCUGACGACUGAGAAACAAAACUUUUUGCUCUUCGAUAUGACCACACAUCCCCUGACAGACAAUGUAGUGAAGUGCCGUUUAGUUAAAAAGGUGCAAGAAGCGGCGCUGCGGCGCUCGGUGACGGACGUGGCGCACGCCGACAAGCGGUCGCUGGCGCUGCUGAUGCUGGCGCACUCGGCCGACGUGCUGGAGAACGCGUUCGCGCCGCUGUCGGACGAGGACUACGAGCUGGCCACGCGCCGCGUGCGCACGCUGCUCGACUUGGACUUCGAGGCCGAGGCCAUGCGCCCCGAGGCCUGCGAGAUCAUGUGGGCCGUCUUCGCCGCCUUCACUAAAUAGCAACUAUUCAUAAACAAUAUUCACGCGUACCGAUUAUAUCGUUAUCGCUGACCACGAGUACCAGGAAGUUGGCAUCGAAAUUAUCAACUUAAAGGCGACUUGAUAGUUCAAAUCCCGUAAUGUAAUUAUACUCCGUCAAAACUGUCAAACCCACUUUGUCAAUAGAAAAAGGCGCGACAUUAAAUAUUUCUAUGGGAGGAAAACGCCUCAUUUUUUAAUUUUGCCGCCUUUUUCUACUGACGGAAAUGGCUUGCGAAACUAUAUAUGCAAAGCGAUGUCCGACUGGGAGAUGAUUACUUUUAUGAGAUUUCAAUCGCCGUCUGUUUUCUAAUCGAGAUGAUGAGUUAAAUACCGUUAUGGUAAGAAGGAAGUUGUUAAAAGUGUCAUGGGUUUUUGUAUGUCAAAUAAAAGCCAGUAUUAGUUGACUUUGAGCUUUUCAGAUUUGAGUUUAAAACAUCAAAUUCCUGACAAACGAUAUCUCAGCUUCCUGAUUUAAAAUAUUCCUUUCUGACAUACAUUGGAGUUUUUGCACAAUUUUUCUUCAUUUUUUGAUAUGUCAGAUUACUAUCUAUGUAUUAGAUUUUUGUAUGUACCUAUUUUGUAAAGUGUAACCCAGUUAAAUGUAAUAAUAUUGUUUUAAUGUACACCUACCUAAGUAGAAUUAUGUGCUGAUGGUAUUACUUAAAUAAAACGAAUUCAAGUUUUUCUGAGCAUAUGACUUUGAUUCAGAUCUUUUGGUACAUUAAAAUGUUUAUAAUAAGUUAAAGAUUUUGUAUAUUUUUUUAUAUAUGGAUCCAAGAGUGUCGAAUUUGUAGUAUUUCUUUGUCUUCUUUAUUUACUAGAGACUUUGGUUUAUUUUUUAGAAAUAGGAACGCUCGCCUUGCUGUAUUGAACUGUAUCUAUAAAUGUCAGAGUAAUUAAGUUGUGUAGCUCUUAACACUGUUAGUAACAGACAUGAAGAACCCUUUAUCCACAUUAAAUUUUAUAGUUAAAAAAAAUUGUUUAUAUCGCGCAUAGUACUUUCCAUGCGUUGUUUGUUUUGCAAUUCUAUGCAGUUUCGAUAGAUUUAUUUUUAUGAAUAUUGCUUUUAAAUUAAGUGAUGUUAUAUAUGUGUCACAAUAUAACAUUAUUUUGAUAUACCUAAAUGAACGGAGGCUCAGCUCAAAAUACGAUCCUGAUACGAGUUAUAACAGAAUAAGACAAGGAGUAUCUUAAAGUUUCUAGUGUAUUACAUGGACAGACUAGGUAUCUAAUUUACGUACAUGAUCGAGUUUACGUCGGAGAUAUAAUGCAUUAUUAAUUUCUCUGUAAGUCGGAGCUGUAUUAUGUAGAACAGGCAUAAACUCGAUCAUGCUACCACUGCAGGUGCUCUAGGAUUAGGUAUGGUUUGUGUCUACUAAAACUUAUUUGAGGCAGCAACACUACUUUACCUCAAUGCUUUUGUAAUGGAUACCAGGCUUCCAAAAUAUGAAAAAAAAACGCAGAACGCCUUUAUUUGAAUGCCUCGUACGUGUCAUGAAUCAUAAGAGUCGAUACCUAGUUAUUAAGUAGCUUAAAUUUAAAUCGUGGUGUAAGAUAAGUUUCCUUUUAUUUAUAUUUGUUUCGAAACACGUUAUACGUUGGGACAUUGUUUUAAUAAAUUAUAUUUGUACAUAAAUAGUCUAUGAAAUAUAACAAACAUAAGGAAAUAAAUCGAAAACAAAAUUCACAAUUGAAGAAGUGUGUAAAAAAUAGUUAUAAAAUGUAUCAUAAAAUUCAUACAUGUAAUGCUAUUAAAAUUAUUGAAAUAUAUUCCUUAGUACCUAUUAA